UGGGCCUUGAUAUCUCCGCCAGUUUCGCUUUGUCUUAGCAUCUCCUGGAGCGGGCUCUCCCUGUUGCGGCUAACGACGUAACCUUCUCUCGCUGUGUCGGUUCCCGUGUUCGCCGCGUAUUGCGCUUGGAAGAUUAAAGACUAAUCAAGAUGGCUCCUUUAGGAGCCGUUGUUCUUUCACAAAGCGUGCUCGCAUUGCCACGUGGCACCACCUCACUCCAAUACCCUAGCUUGCGUCCUUCCCCGGCGGCUCUCGGUUCCAAUCGUGCCUUUCUAUUGCGCCCCCUCGCGCAUUCGUCUAGAUCCGAAGGGCUUAGAAUACGUGUUACUCAACGGAAUGUGCUUAUACGGGCCAGUGUGACUGAAUCGGGGGACGGGGGUUCAGUUGGUGCGGCGGUUUCAGACCAGCUAGCUUCAAGCGGAGCGGCCUCAGCUGCUUCUAACGGGGAUAUUCCCGCCCAGUCUCGCGCUAGUUCCGGCGAGCGGUCAUCUGAAAAGGAUCGGAGCGAAGGAGGCGAGGAGGGUUUUGACCGGAAUAGAAGGCAGGGUGGGUUUACCAGAUCGGGAGGGUUUAACCGAGGUCGCGGUCGGGGUGGGUCGGGCGGCCGUCGAGGUGGCUUUGCCGAUCGCGGCGGCGGUGGAUCGACCUCCGAGUCGACCUCGGGGUCGACCUCUGGAUCGACCUCGGGGUCGACCUCGGGGUCAUAUCAGAGGUCAUCAUCUGGAGGGUUUAACCGGGGUCGCGGGGGUGGGUCGUCACGUGGGCGUGGCGGGAGUCGCGGCGGGAGUGACGGCGGGUGGAGCGGAGCGAGGCAGGGCAACGCGUCGAGUCAGCGGGGGUCGGAUGGAUCUUAUCGCAGGCUCGAUCGUUCCGCAGCGGAUCGUUCCUCUACCGAUCGUUCCUGGAGUCGAUCCUCCAGCCCUGCCGAUAGAAGCAAGGACGUCGCUAGAGGCGCGAGCGCCAAUUCACGGGGCUCCCGCUUAUCCCCCAGGGAGCUGAAGAACCCUCAGUUCUCUCGCCCGCGCACCACUGGCCGGUUAGCUCCCUCCGCGCCGAGCCCCGAUCCGAUACGAGCUGCUCCGCUUUCCGCUUCUGGCGCCGACUCCGAUGAUGCGUGGGCGCGCGCGUUUUUUCCGCCGCGCGUGGUGCAGGUGCUCGAUGUGUUGGCGCAGGAGAGCGGCGGGGACCGGCGCGCGGGAAGUGUGGAUGUCUGGAGAAAUGAUGGUGCCGAUGGGGGGAGAGAUGGGGGGAGAGAUGGGGGGAGGGAUGGGGGGAGGGAUGGGGGGAGGGAUGGGGGGAGCAUUGGGGGGAGUGAGCGGGUGGCGGGUCGGCUGGAGCGGAUGGGGUUGAAGCUGUCGGGGCGGGACGUGGCGACGGUGCUUAAGGAGACGGCGGACUGGCGCAUGGCCGUGGCGUUCUUUGAAUGGGCGAGGAGACAGGAGUACUUUCAAGCCAGCACGUACGUGUACAACCUGGUCCUUUCCGCGCUGGGAAGGGGGCGGCAGUGGGCGGCAAUGGAGCAGCUUAUAACGGAGAUGACUCGAGAUGGCGUGGAGAUGGAUAAUGUUACAUACUCCACUAUUAUCAGCUCCGCUACACGAGCGGACCAGCACGACCUAGCCCUGCAGUGGCUGGAGCGCAUGGCGUCAUCCCCCUGCAUGCCGGAUCAAGUCUCGUAUGCUACAGUCAUGCACGCGCUAGGACGGGCAGGGAGACCGGCAGACGCCGUGAGGGUGUUUGAGCGCAUGCGGGCCACUGGGUGGCGCCCUGACGCGGUGACCUACGCCACUAUCAUCACUGCUUUUGGCGAGGCUGGGGGUCCGCAAGAGGCCUAUGAGCUGUUUAAGGAGAUGAGGAGGGUUGACAGGGGGAGGGGGGAGGAGGGGAGUGGAGAGGGAGGAAUGGGGGAGAGGGAGAAGGGGAGCUGGAAGAGGGGUGGGGGAGGGGGUGAGGGGGCGGAGGGAAGAGAGGAGGGGGAGGGGGUGGUGGUGGAAGGUGCUUCUUCUGGUAAGGAGGCUUCUUCUGGUGUGGCUGUACCCACAGCGGCUGCAGCGGCUGCAGCAGACGCAUCUGCAGCAGCAGCAGUAGAGCCAGCAACAGCAACAGCAGCAGCAACAGCAGCAGCAGAGCCAGCAACAGCAGCAGCAGCAGCAGCAGCAACAGCACCAGAGCCAGCAACAGCAGCAGCAGCAGCAACAGCACCAGAGCCAGCAACAGCAACAGCAGCAGCAACAGCACCAGAGCCAGGGGCUGCAGCGCCAUCAACACCAGCAGCAGCCGCAGCAGCACCAGCAGCAGCAGCAUCACCACCAGCAGCAGCUUUUACGCCGCUGGUAACCGCAGGGGUGUACCACGCAACCCUGAACGUGCUUGCAAAGGCGUGGCGCCACCUCCAGGCAGAGAUUGUCUUCCGAACCAUGCAGCACGACCCUAUAGUGCCCGUGACUACAGAUGCGGUGACUAUAAUGCUGGCGCUGUACACUGAGAAGGGCGAGGUGGAGAAGGCGCUAGCCCUGGCCGACGAAGUGCAGGAGAAUUUCCGCCACAGUAACGAGGGAGCUUAUAACGAGGACAGGAGCAGGGCUUAUAACGAGGACGGCCAGCGGAGCGAAAAGAAGAACCCCAGAGACGGGCCGUUUCGGCCGGACGCGACCUUCUACAGUGUGAUUCUGCAGGCGUGCCGCGAGAACGGAUUAGUGCAGGAAGCUCGGAGGGCAUAUGGGAGCAUGAAGAGGGACGGGGUUCCGUUGACUGAGAACAGCCUUAGACAGCUCGCAGGGCUGAUUGCUGAGAAGGGCGGGCGGGGAGAGAUGAAGGGAGAAGCUGGUAAUACAGGGUCUGCUGUGGGAAGUCCGGCUGUAGCGGGGCCGGCUGUAGCAGAGUCUGCUGUGGUUGAUCCGGUUGUAGUAGAGGUAGAAGCUUUGCUGGAGGAUGCGAGAGCAGCUGGGAUCUAUCUCGGGGGCAGCAGUAGCAGCCAAACCCGCAGUAGCAGCAGGGGAGACAGCAGUAGCAGUGGCUCAGACUCGGAGUAUGAUGGGCUGGGGGUUGACCUUAGUGGCCUAACUCCUGUGCCAGUAGCAUCACCAGCAGGCCCAUCAGCAGCACCAGCAACGCCAGCAGCACCAGCAGUACCAUCCCCAGCAGCAGCAGCAAGCGCGGGGUUGGCUGUUUACACUGCAAUCAUCCACGGCUUUGGCAAGGCGGGCCGCUUCGACCUCUCCGCACACUACUUCCAGAAAAUGCGCGCAGCAGGAAUUGAACCCGACACCCGCAUGGCCACUGUCUUCCUCGACCUGCUGGGGUUCACCUCCCCUGGGAAAGCCAGGGAGCGCCUGGAGCCUGGUGAGCGUGCUGAGGUGCCUAGAGAUGCUGCUGCUGCUGCUGCUCCUACGGCUGCUGCUGCUGCUGCUGCUGCUGCUGCUCCUACGGCUGCUGCUGCUGCUGCUGCUGCUGCUGCUGCUGCUGCUCCUACGGCUGCUGCUCCUACGGCUGCUGCUGCUGCUGCUGCUGUGGGUGGGAAAGAGGGUGUGGUAGGUGCGAGGAAGGUUCUCCUGGCUUGCUUGAAAGAGGUUGACUCGCGGAUCCAUGACCUGGUGCUGACCGGGUUAGGGGAGGCGCUGGAUAAGGUGGUAGAGGCUCGAGAUGGGGAGGAGGGAGCGGCGAAAGAAGGGGAAGCAGCAGCUUUGGCACAACGGGCAGCAGCAGCAGAGGGGGAUUCAGCACCGGACGCAGCAGCAGCAGCAGCAGCAGCAGCAGCGGCGGCAGCAGCAAAGCGCACCGCUCGUUUCGCUUCCCUGCUCGACCAAACCUUAACCACCAUCCCUCCCAGGGGGCAGAAGCCCCUUUGUAACAACCUCCUGAGCCUCCUCUGGCUCUUCCACCAACAGGACACCGCAGUCGCCCUCCUUAAAGCCAUGGUCAGCUCGCACCAGAUCGAACAGCUGUCGUCGCGCGAUUGGUCCCGCUGGACCCUGCAUCUUUCUGGCCUAUCCUACCACGGCGCACAGGUGGCGCUGCGCUAUUGGCUGGAGCAGAUCGCAGCAGCGGUGGAGGCUGGGAAGCGGUUACCGCGUGAAAUCGAGAUUGAGGUAGGGGUGGGGCGGGCUAGGAAGAGGCAUCUCAGGGACGCGGUGGUUCCGGAGCUGGCUAGGCUCGGGUCGCCGUUCCAAAGCGAUGAGGUUCGGCCGAGGCUGGUGGUGGCUAACGGCGCUGAGGUGGCAGCUUGGGUUAAGAGGACCCCGGAGCUGUGGCUUGGGGCGGGUGGGGGUGGUGGUGGGGAUGGGGGAGGGGCAGUUGAGGGGAGAGGCGAGGGCAUUGAGGGGAAGGAGAGUGAUCGUAAGGGGCGUGACUCAAAGGAGAGUGAGAGUAAGGAGGGAGACUUUGCGGUAGCUGCUGCUUUGGCAGCUCCCGAGGCUGUAGCAGUGGGAGGGAGCGUGGUGAGAGAGGAGGAGAAGAGGGUUGGCGGGGGUGAUGAUGGCAAGCUGAAAUCGGAGGCAGCUCCUGCUGGUGGUGUUGCUGAUGCUGCUGUUGCUGGCAGCACUGAUGCCACUGGUGCUGAGGGCACUGUUCAUGCCACUUCCCCUCCCAGUGGUUUUGGUACCAGUGGGUCUGAGGCAACUACUCCUGCAACUGCUACAGGGGCCUGGGAGGUUGCAGCUGGGGAGGCUGCGACUGUGGUGCAAACACGGGAGGUGGAAAUGCAGCCGGUGGGUGAGGUAUUGGAGAAGGAUGGGUUCAAGGCGUUUCAGAUAGCAGGAGGGGCGUGGGUGAAGGAGUGUGUCUGUGGCGAGCUGUGCUCGUCGAGGAAGCAACGGUGCCAGAAUAAGGCGUGUGGAAGUCACCUGCCUACCAUGGCACAGUUCAGGGAAAGUCAGGCAGGUUCGGGUGGGCUUUGAUGUUGGACGAGGAUUUGAAUUGUUCUUUGAGAUUUUCACUUUUAGUGGGUGGUGGUGUUGUUUUAUGCUCUUUUAUUUGACAUCUGUUUGGCGAUUGGGGAAAAUAUGUU